CACUGCAUGCUAAUGCCAGCAAUUCUCAGUGAGCACUAAAACACAUCUUAAAAUUAGCUCAUUCCGGCUGACAAGGCAACAGAAGGAACAUAUCAUCAGAAUUUCCCCUUUGGCAAUACCUGCUGAUUGGGUCCUUAACAAAAAAGCAAGCGGCUUUUAACUUUUAAUAUUUGGCUCCUCAGUUCUGCCACCAGCACUCGCGAUAGAUUGAAAGACUUUUUUUUUUCCUCCCUGCGGUUGUUUCAAGAUUGAAAUAAAAAUCCACCAGCUAGUAGUUAUUUUCUAGUUUUUAAUUUUUUWAAAAAWWUUUUUGCUUCAUUCUUCAGUUCAGUUCUGGUGCGCGGAUGAGCGCGCAUGUUGGCGUUCUGCUGGAGAGGUUUUGCGAAACUUUAAGGAUGAUAUACCUUGGAUGUUUCCUGCUGCUGUGUGGGCUUACGCAUGUCAUAGCAAGCUAUCCCAUCUGGUGGUCACUAGCAGUGGGCCACCAGUAUUCAUCAAUAGGUACCCAACCUAUCCUUUGUGCCAGCAUACCAGGUCUGGUGCCCAAGCAGCUGCGCUUCUGCAGGAACUACGUUGAGAUCAUGCCCAGUGUGGCCGAGGGGGUAAAGAUCGGCAUCCAAGAGUGCCAGCACCAGUUCAGAGGCCGGCGCUGGAACUGCACAACAGUCAAUGACAACUUGGCCAUCUUUGGGCCAGUUUUGGACAAAGCUACUCGAGAGUCUGCUUUUGUCCAUGCCAUUGCCUCGGCGGGGGUUGCCUUUGCUGUGACCCGGGCUUGCGCUGAUGGUUCAGCCACCAUCUGCGGCUGCGACACACGUCACAAGGGCCCCCCAGGAGAGGGAUGGAAGUGGGGUGGCUGCAGUGAGGAUGUGGAAUUUGGAAGCAUGGUGUCCCGCGAGUUUGCAGACGCGAGGGAGAACCGCCCAGAUGCACGCUCGGCAAUGAAUCGCCACAACAAUGAGGCAGGAAGAACGUCCCUCAACGACAACAUGUUCCUGAAGUGCAAGUGCCACGGUCUCUCAGGAAGCUGCGAAGUCAAGACAUGCUGGUGGUCACAGCCGGACUUUCGAGUCAUCGGCGACUACAUGAAGGACAAGUAUGACAGCGCAUCUGAGAUGGUGGUGGAGAAACACAAGGAGUCCCGCGGUUGGGUAGAGACGCUGAGACCCAAGUACAACUACUUCAAACCACCCACAGAGCGUGAUUUGGUUUACUAUGAAAGUUCACCCAAUUUCUGCGAUCCCAACCCAGAGACAGGCUCCUUUGGCACCCGGGAUCGCAUCUGCAACCUAACAUCCCACGGCAUAGACGGCUGUGACCUGCUGUGCUGCGGCAGGGGUCACAACACCAGAACUGAGAAGAGAAAGGAGAAGUGUCACUGUAUUUUCCACUGGUGCUGCUACGUCAGCUGUCAAGAGUGUGUGAGAGUCUACGAUGUGCACACUUGCAAAUAGACUUGUAGAGGUUCUCAAGAAUCUGAGAAUUUGUUUUGCAGGUUUCUACCUGUGAAACCUGUCAUUUGUGUGCGUAAACACGCACAAAUGGCUGUGUGUUCUAUUCGGGGAUGCUACGCAGAGCUAGUCUCUGCCCAAAUCAGCUGAAAGUGUUGAACAUGUAUCCAUACUGAGAGCAUCCUUCAUGAACUACCAUGCUUGUAUCUAUGUUCUAAAAGGUUUUCAUGCUGAAGUAGGAACAAAGGACUGCUGACGAAUUAACAAACACCAUAUUGGUGUUUCUCUUUCAUGUCAAUAGUAGGUAUUUCUGUUAAGAAUUAAACAGCAAUGCCAUUGUUACCCUCAAUGUUUAAUCAUCUUUUGAUUUUGACAAAAAACAAACAAACAAAAAAAAAUAGAACUUUACGUUACAAGAUGCUCAACUGCAUGCAUUCCCCUCUUUGGUUUUUUAUAUGUAUGUUUCUGCCUAUAGGCGAACUAACAUGAUCAUAGUUUCAUAGUGUUACUGAUGUUUAGGUAAGAAUGCACUUGCACCUCAGUGAAUGUAGCUAUUUGCUGUAACAUGUUUACACAUCCUCACAACCUUAAGCUAAUGUGUUAAUAUCUCUUUUAAAUGACAAGCAUUAUCUGAGAGUAGCCAGAGUAGCUACAUACUGCUGAAACCAGAGCAUUUCACCCAUUAUAUGUAGUUUUAUGUAGUUUAGGAUGUUUUAAGUAAAGUUUUGUGAAACGGCUAUAAGGAGGUAAUUUCUUACCUGCAGUACAUAACUCUUUUUGGCAUCUAUAUGWAGCCCAAAUCCACAUUAGAUGCUGCAGAAGGCUAAAUCUAAUGAUCCCUCCAAAAGGGGAAAAUAAAGCAAACUUCUACCAUCUUAAAACAACUCCAAUUUUAAAAACGUUGCUGUGGGUCAUGAAAUGCUGCGGUUUGCACCUUUAAACCAAGAACGUCCAAAGUUUCACGCAGUGAAUAUUUGUAGCAAACAACGUCCUCUGUAAACCAAAAAUUUUUCAAAAAAAUGGCAUUGCAUAUCAAGUGAGUACAAUUCAAUUUAUCAAUACUGUACAAAUUCCCCAAAUGCAGCAAUCUCUGUUAUUGAGUAACCAUGUGGCAACARUUCCUUGCAUCCGGUUGUCAACCUAGCAGCUAUCCUUAAUCCUGAGCAAAUAUUUUGUGACAGUGGAAAAUAACAACUUUCUCUUUACAGAACAUUCUGAAGCAUGUACAUUCUGGUCCAUAAAGCUAUGGUUUUUCAGACUUAAGUUGUUUUAAGAUGAUAGAUGCCAAUUAUUUGUCUUGCCCCCUCUCACUUUAGCCAUUAGCUGAUAAACAUGAUGCAAGAAUAAUCUACUGCAGGAAAGACAUUUAUUUUAGCCAAACUCUAACCCAAGAUAUUCUUUUAAAGAUUUCUCAGAAAAAGCUAUACUUUCACAUAUAUCCAAGGGGAAGAAAUAUUUAUGAGAUGGUCAGAGAUCUAUAGCUAAGACUGCAAGGUCAGCUGAGAAAUAUGAAGCUUUCUCUCCCUGGGUUUGACAAUAUUAGCAAAGUCUUUGAUGUGGAAAAACACUGAUAUUUGUGAAAGGGUUCURUCCUAUUAUGUAAAGUUCAGACUUAAUUGUUGUUUUAAUUUUCAAUCAAUCAGAAGGAUACUCUCCUGCCAUUUUAGGAAAAAAAUAACAAUAAAAUGUUCAUUACGAGCUAUGUAAGUUCUGUUAUGCAGUAUAUUUUACAGUUGUUGGAAAAUAAUGACCAAAACCUUUGUUUGUAAUGAUUCUGAGCAAUGACUUCCUGUUCCCUACACUAAACAAUGAGCAGCAUCACUGAAGCUAUCAAUACUUCCAUAUUAUUAUGCUGCUAAGGUAACAUGAGUUCAUGUUUGUUUCAUGUUUCUUUAUUAACUUACACCGAAUACAUCUUCAUCCCUGUGUGAUUUGUGUAUUCUUUGCAUGUACUGAUUCUUUCUGUGAAAGAAAACUGCUUAUUGUAGUUUGGAAAAAAAAAUGUGAAAAAUGUGUUUUUAUAUAUAUAAAUUCUUGCUUAAAGUAAUACAAAUUUAAUUAAAUAGGAUAAGAUAGAGCUUGUUUUUCUCAUUGUCCRACAGUUAAGUGUCACACUAAAUAUUGGCUUAACAAGGUGGCRCAGAUGGAGGAAAUCACAAUCAUGUAGGACUGAAUUCAAAUACUCAAUAAAGAAACAUUUAAAAAAAAUAAAUCAGCAAAGUAGAAGACAUAUAAGACAGKGCAACAAGUUCUGAUCAUUUUGCCCCUUUAUCAAUUCAUACYUUUGUGAAUGAAUGYUUUUUAGUACCUUUCUUGCCAACAUGUACUAAUUUUGAAAGCUUAGAGUAAUUUUCCAUAAUUUUCUUUUCUGACAGCAAUAAAUGUAGUAUAGCAGCAGGAGGUCACUUAAAAGUUACACUGGUUUCAUCAGGUGUCUUUAUUUGUAAUACUGCAUAAAUGUUAUUUUAAUUUUAAUUAAAUUAUAAGUACAGUUUGUUCACUUCUACGAUUAUAGKGCUUCAUCAUUGUUUUUUUUAAAUACAUAACUUUUGAGGCAAACAAACUGUUAAAUAAUGACACACGGAUAUGAAAUGGAAGUAAUUGAAAAAAGGGGUAAAUCGAUCGAGAGCCACACCUUUCACAAUUCUGUUUAAAACAAAAACAGUGUGUCAACACAUUUCAGAUCACACAACAAAAUAUUUCUUUCAUUUUUUCGAUUUGCUAAAUUUUUGGCUUGCCUGUUUAGCUGUCUAUUUAGUGCUAUUGUCUCAUUUCAUCAAAUGUGUUCUAAAUACAUUUUGCAAGAUAUUGUGUUUAAUUUUUAUUAUUCCUAAAAGUAUGUUUUUUUUCUGUUUGAGUUUUGUUGCAGUUUACUGUGUUUCACUACUCAUGACUUUUAUAAAGCAGAUUAAUAGAGRCUAUCUCCUUUGAUUYAAGAAGAAAUGCAGAAUAAUAUUUAUUUAUCUGGGAUGACCUUUGAAUACCGAAAUAAAAACCGGGACACACAGCUGGGUUGUUACUGUGCCACUGAAUUUAUUCUCUCUGCUGUGGUGAAAGGUGUAAAAUCUAUAGGAAAUUAUGUUUAACAAAACAUGUUUACAGUGUAAUACUACUGUUUGUCUCAGGCUUUUGUUCAGCCUGUGACCGAACUGAAAAUAUUAAUAAACUGUUAUAAUAGGUUUUACUUUUGAAUCAUUCUUAAUCAAUUACAGAGCAGCCACCAUCAGUGCAUGUUCUGAAACUGAUCAUGACAUUGAUUACCAUACACUCUGUAUGUGGGCGACUGCUGUGUGGAGAAUGUGGCUCUGUUCUAAUUUUUUGARUCUUAAAUCCAAAGUUUUGUACAGACUAGUUCUCGGAUUUUAUGAAUUUCUAAGAUUUGAUUUUUUUUUUAUAAUUAUUUAUUACAUGCCUUGUACAUAUUAGUGAGUGAAAGUAYAUAUUUGCAGAAAUGUGUUUUUGAAGCAGUGUUGUGACUCUGUAGCCUUUUUACCUCAUCUUUUUUUCCACUGACAGGUGUUGAUCCUGGUGCCUGUAAUAGAUUUCUAAAAGCUAACUCUGUAACAUAAAAAUAAAAAAAGACUGAACUCUGUGACUUGUUUCUGAA